CACUAAGCCUCUCAAGGUUUUUACUUACAGCAAAACACUGCUAUUUUUGACGAUUUACAAGAAAAAAUACACCGUUUACGUCUAUAAAUCAAUGAUAUUUCCACGUAUGCUCCUUUCACCCUGCGGUUUUACAGAAUUCGGACAGCCCCUGGAGGCAACACCAAAAACUCCGGUAAAAUUUAAGUUUUUCAUUUUAGCUUUAAGCAAAAGUUUAUAUGUCACGCUACAUGCACAUGUGUCGCUAAGUUCUGCGUUGCUUCAAUAGUUUAUAAAUAUUAACCUGAAAUAAAGCCACUUUUGCGGUUCACCCUUAACUUUUCGCGCAUGCGUGAUAUUUGGUAACAGGCACGAUGGCUGCGGACAGUACCUUGCUGCUGUCUCUGGUAGAGGAAUAUGUCUCUGGACUACAGGACAGCAAGGCCAAAGAUACAGCAACUGGUAAAUAACGUUGAAUACUUUUCUUGUCAUCCUUUCAGAAUAAUUCGUGGCCAAGGAGUGUCUGUUAAGCCACAGCUUCAAGGAUGCGCCGACACAGCAUGAUGGUUAACUAGCUAACUUAGCGCCACAACAUCCUGUGUGAGGUUACAGCCUCAAUAUAAGACACACACGCAUUUAAACGUUUUGUCUGUUCAUUUAUCAUGAGAACAGCACACAUUUAUAAUGUCUUGGGUGUUAAAAGGUGUUGACAUUCGCUUUUUAAUGUUAAUACCGGUGCUAUAGUUGUGUGGUUUUCUUGCAUGCCCCCUUGCUAGCUGCUGUGUCUGUGUCCUUAGUUGCAUCCUGUCAAUGAACUCUGGACCUCUGAACUCUGCUGCUGCCACUGCUAGUUAUCUGUUUUUAACUUAAAGUCAUGUUUGUAAGAUGAUAUACUUUAAUUCACUGAACUUUGUUUAGGUAUAAAAGAUGGACAGUUUACAAUACUGCAGCUGGUGGAAGCUCUGGGGUAAGCAUUUUUAGCUCUAUACAAACCAUUAAAUAAGCAAUACAGAACAGUUAAUGAAGUCUAUGUAACUAAUUUCUCAUAAUGGUGAUGCAUCUGACAUAUUAUUCAAAAAUAUUAACCUGAUCAUGUUUAGUUCUGCCUCUGGUUUUAAUUUAGUAAAUCUUGAAUGUACCCGUAAUUGAAAUUAUAGUUAACAUGAACAUUUAUGGCCUGUUGUAGACUCAGCCUGACCAGCUCCCAGCCUCACACACGGGCAAGAGGAGUCCAGCUUCUCUCAGAAGUGUUGCAGGAAUGCCAUGAAGGUCUGACAGAGGGAGAAGGUACACUGUCUCUUUGUUUGAUUUGAGGCAACAAACAGAUUCUCAUUUUGUAAACAUGACUUACAUUUUAAAAGCAAACUUAAAACAUACCUUUUUAGUCUUGCUUCUAACAAAAUUUCAUAUCAUUAACUCUGUCUAAAUGUUUUAGCAUUUAUCUAUUCUAGCUUUAAUCACAGGAUCGUCCUUUAUUGAGCUAUUUUGGUACUCUUAUUUUAGUAUCUUUUGCUGUGGUUUCCGUUUCAUUUUAUUUAUUAUUUCUUAAAUUUCAUUCUAUGUUUCUUUGUUUUUAGAUUUCAACCUAAACCUCCAGUGUUUCCUUAUCUUGAGUUUUAAAAUGACGUUUCCUCAGUGCGCACAUUCCUGUUUCCAUGAAAUCAAGCCCUUUUUAAGUUCAUACAUUUUAACACUGUUUCUGUUACAGUUAGAAUAGAAUAGAAUAUUCGUUUAGAAUAGAAUUUCCUUUAUUGAUCCCCCAAAGAUAGUGCAAAAAUGCAGUUAUAAAAAUAAAGAUGGUAAUAUUAAGAACUUAAAUGCAUUAAGUAAUAAUUAAAAUAAAUAAUUAAAUAAUAAUGAAAAAUAAAUAAUUUAAUAAAAUUUAUUAAUAAUUCAAUUAAUUAAUUAAAUUAAGUACAAUUAGAUCGUGGGGUGGGAAUGAGGGGCUGGGCUGGGGUAGAUUUGGGUAUUCUUUGUUUCUUUUUUUUCCUUUCUCUGUGUAAAGCAAACAUUUAGAAUCUUGUUUUGAUGAGAAUGUUUUCUGUCUAUGUUUCCGCAGUGGAGGUUCUUAUUGCCUUCUUUGAAAACCGCCUUAAGGACCAUUACGUCAUCACACCUCCUGUCUUACAGGGGCUGAGAGCGCUGGUUAGUGUCUCCCUGUGUUUUAUUUUCAGGGGAAAUUUUAGAAACUUCAUAGAUAAGAUUUACACACUGCAAAGUGCAGAAGAUAGUUGUUCAGAAGUUACAGAUAUAACAGCAAUCAUGCUUAUCUUUUGUUUUUGUUUCUUAUUUUCAGACUAAAUGUACAGUGUUGCCUCCUGGUUCAGCAGUGUCAAUGCUGCGAUCUUUGUUCCAGGAUGUUCAUGUUCAGGUGAGGCUGGACUUUUUAUUGGAUUAGAGAUUAGGGGUGCAAUUUGUAAGUAUUAUGUGUAACUGGUGUUUGGAAAUGCUCAUGAUCAAUUGUCAAUUUUCUAUAAAAAAAAUUUGAUUUUAAAUUGGCAAAAACAAUAUGACUGACUGUACUGCAUAGCUUCAGAAUAUAUAAAGGUUUACAAAUUACUAAAAUACUUUAUUAUCAACAUUCUGAAUAGUCACAUCAAAUUACAGGACAUAAUACAAAUAUAACGGAAUCUAAAAUGAGACUGAAACUACUGACAUCUAAUGACUAAAUGUGGAAAUGCUGUAUCAACAGUGUACUUUUUCAGUCUGCUUAUUCUCACUGAGGAAAUUAAGCGUAUUGUAGAGCGUAUUUCAAGCAGAGUGUAGGGGUGCAUCUGUACCAACUGUGGAAAACACACUAAAUGUACUGGCAUUGAUACUGGAGAAAUUUUCAUUUAAAUCUAAUGCUGACGAUGUGAGUUGUCCCGGUUAAUAAAAUUGACCAAUGUUCAUGUCAAACCUUACAAUUGUGGGUAACAAGCUGAUGUGAAGUGUUUGUUUUCCAACAGUCAUUGAUGCUGACAGAGAGAUCUUGUGUCUACAAAAUGCUCAUCAACCUCAUGGAGAGCAGAGAAGCCGGUAAGGGAUUACAGGUUUGAGGCUGACUCAAAGCAGCUCAGAGAAAACAGUGACGUACUGACAGAUUUCAAUAAUGACAGAGUGUGACAGGGUAAAGGAGAGGUUUGUACUGAAGACGUAGGUGAUCAAAAAUUACAGAGAGUGAGUUGUGGAUGCAGAAAUCUCAGCAGCCUGCUCAAUAGUCUCUUAAGUCAUUUUUCACCUUGGGGAGGUUCAACUCCUCCCAGCCCUGCAGUUACGAAAACGCUGUCACACCUUCACCUUUGCUUAGAAGCUGAAUGAUUUACAUACACAAACAGUAAAGCAUGCAAAUAAAGCGGUGAGAGUGAUGUGCUCACACCCCUGUCUCUUUGUUUUGUAGUAGAGGCAGUGAUUGUGUGAACACAAUAGUCCACUGUGUAUCAAACAGUUCAUUCAAAGAUAAUAAUCAUGUACAUGAAAAUUAUGGCUCUUGGCUGCUGUUAAACCCGCUUAGGCACAAUACUUGCUCGUUGCUGGUGAUACAUAUUCUUUUUUUGUCAGUCCCAGACAGGAAAAUGAACACCCAGUGGUCAGGCUUUACCAGAUAUCAAGUCAGAUGCCACAAUGUCUGUGUGGUUGUUCUUGCUUGCACCUCAUUAUAUGAUGAUGUCUGUGUGUCCUUGUUUCACCCUUCACAGAACUGAAGGGUUUGGGAGCAGACUUUGUUUUUGGUUUUCUUCAAUCAAUGGACGGAGAGAGAGAUCCUCGAAACCUCCUUUUGGCCUUUCAGAUCGCCAACAACAUCAUCCAUCGAGGAUACGAUCUAGGUGAGAGCACACAUGAGUACAUACAUCCACUUUCUCUCCCUUUGUUUUGUUCCCUCCGUCUCCCUUUCUUCACUAAUUAUAUCACAGCUCAAACUUGGCUUUGUCUCUCCCCCCGUUAAUUUCCUGUCUGUCGCCUCAGGUAAAUUUGCAGAGGAGCUGUUCGAGGUGACGUCCUGCUAUUUCCCCAUCGACUUCACCCCUGUGAGUCCCUGUUUAUUCAGCUGCUUGUGUCUGUGAGACUGACGAAAGCAGAGAGGGCAGCAGACAGAAAUGUCAUCACUGACUUCCUGUGACUUCAGUGAAACAAUAACACAGAGUCUGUCUCCUCAUCGGCUCACGCACAUUUCCCAUGUCUGCAUGACAGAGGAGUGCACCUCAGGACAAAGCAGCACACCUAUGCAAUAACCAUUAUCUGGAAUGCUAGUGUGCAAUUAGGUGUGAACUUUACAGUAUGAUAAAAAAUGGAACAUCUUCUAGCACAUUGCAGAUAGUCAGCAAAGUCUCCAGAUUGUCUAAUUCGGAUGUAGCGUUGGAUGGAUUAUUAAAGGGAAUAGUCUGACUGUUGCGUCUAGUAACAACAGAUCAAAUAUUUGGGUUUAAUUAUCAUCAGUUAGUCAAUUCUGUUUUUUUUUUAAGCCUAAAAUCGCCAGUGUUUUUUACACGCAGAAAUGAAACAAUGUUGUUUUACUUUCAUUUAAAAGCUUGAGUCUCUUCUUGCCUUUACUUUAUCCCUCAUAUCUCCCCACAGCCUCCCAAUGACCCCCAUGGCAUCUCCAAAGAGGAGCUUGUCCAGAUGCUGAGGAACGUCCUCACUGGGACGCCAAAAUUUGCAGAGGUACGACUUUGAGUUUUCACCUGCAUUUUUUUUUUUCCAUGGUGCUUUUAAUCUGAGGAGAUUUCCAAAACAUAGUACCUUGAGAGCCACACUGUUAUUUAUAACCUGUUUUUCCCCCUCACUCCUACAGUUUUUGUUACCUCUCAUUAUCGAGAAGCUUGACUCAGAUGUUCUGAGCGCAAAGCUCGACUCACUGCAGACUCUGGUGAGAAAUGUCUUCUAUUUCCUAGCAAGUGUGUCUGACAAUAUCAGCGGUCUGUUUUAUGCUCAUUGUAAAACAUUUGACUCCGAAGUUCUCAUGUUCACUCACUGCUACUUCAUGUCCGUAAACAUGUUUUUAACCUAAAGAUGUUAUUCUGAAGCUUCUCAGUCAAUCAUUACAACCAAAGACAAGCAGAUAAGGGUUGUGUAUCACUUCCGAAGGUGAUGCAAUGCGUUGUUUGUUUUUCAGACUGCUUGUGUGUCACAGUAUGAGCACAAAGACCUGGCAGAAUUCCUGGAGGGGCUGUGGGCGUCACUACGCAGAGAGGUAAGCUGUGAGAAGUGAUUGUGAUUUUGAUUGAUAUGUGUUCAUGACUUCAUAAAAAAAUGAUCAAUGGUCUGUUUUUCUCUGGAGCUGGAUCAUUUAUUUAGUGUGACUGAAAACUCUGUUCUACCCACCAAAUCCUGGGAAAUCAUACAGGACAGAUAGAAAAAUAGGUAAGGAGGUAGGCAGGCAGGUUGACUGACAGACGAACAGACAGGUAGAUAGAUGGAUGCAUAGAUAGAUAUAUAUAUAUAUAUAUAUAUAUAUAGAUAGAUAGAUAGAUAGAUAGAUAGAUAGAUAGAUAGAUAGAUAGAUUUAUACAUAGAUAGAUAGAUGCAUAGGUAGGUAGAUGCAUAGAUAGAUAGGUAGAUAAAUAGAAAUAUACAUUUAUACAUAGAUACAUAAUACAUACAUAGAGAGAUAGAUACAUUGAUAACUACAUACAUUGAUACAUAAAUACAUAGGAAGAUAGAUAGAUACAUACAUAGAUACAUACAUAGAUUCAUAGAUAGAUAGAUAGAUAGAUAGAUAGAUAGAUACAUAGACAUACAUAUAGAUAGAUACAUAGACAUAUAGAUCGAUAGACAUAUAGAUAGAUACAUAGACAUAUAGAUAUACAGACAUAGACAUAUCGAUAGGCAAAGACAUAAACAUAUAGAUAGACAUAUAGAUAUAGACAGACAUAUAGGUAGAUUUGGACAUUAAACAUAGACAUUUAGAUAGAAAUUUCAACAUGGUCAUUAAUUUGGCUCAGAACAGGUGCCUCAUAGUCCUCCCCACACUUGUUGGGGGAUUGAGUCCUUGUCCUGACAGUAUUUGGUGCAUUUCACGCCCACUUUCUUCCUGCGUUUCCUGUCUCCACUUGUCUUGUUACAUAAAGGGUAAAAGCCCAAAAAAGCAGCUUGUGCUGUUUGUCCAGUCCAGUUAAAAUGAAACAAACACAUCAUUAAAUGUGAGUCAGAAACUUCUAUCUGUGGGCACCAGUUUGGCCUGUUUUAUGAGGCUGCAGCCUUUGUUGCAACUCUAGCUGGUUGGCAUCAAGCCUUUGCUGCACAUCCUCCUCUACUCUCUAACCCCCACAUUACCCAUCCCUGUGCAGUUAACUUAUUGGGGUCAUAAAAAGUGUUUCCAAAUUUUUUUGUGGAAAGAAAAGUCCAAAUAUAAUCUUCACAUGGAAAGGCAACAAAACAAAGUGAAGUCUGGACCGAUGCUGAUAACCAUCGGUGUUCUCCUGUUUUCUUCCAAGAAGAUUAAAAACUUCUCAAGUGUCCUGUGGGCACCAAAAAAAUCACUGUUGCAAACACUGAUUAUUCACAGAGUUAUCUUUGAAGACUCUCCUGUUUCUAAGAAAACACGCUCGAUGUCAAUGCCUCCAAGUGAGCCUGAAGAACAGUCUAAUAAAACACGCUCAACCCCUCUCGUCGUUUUAUUGCAGGUGUUUCAGACGUCGAGUGAGAAGAUUGAGUCUGCUGGCCUCGAUGCUCUAACCGCAAUCACUUCCUGUCUGUCUCGCUCAGUCCUCAACUCUGACUCUGAAGACUCCCUCUGCACCUUCCUGGAUCUGGUGCUCAGAGGUGAAACGCUGCAGAAUCCACUUACUAAGGAUGAAUGAACUGACGUGUGUAUAAAUGAUCUGAGAGAAGAGAAAAUCGACCACUGGAGUGAUUAAAGUGAACAUAAUAAAGGGGAUUAUGUUAAUAAAUCUUUAAGUGGCAGAUUCAGAAGGGGGGGCGGUGAAGGAGGGUCAGUAUAGGUCAGUGAUAGCUCAUGAAAUUCAAAGAAAACUGAAAUGGAUAUAUCAGAACUGUUGUAAUUUAGGUUUCUAUGUCACUGUUUCACCGCUGUAAAGGCAGCAGUGAUCUGCCACAACAGUUUCAUUGGCAGGAAAUUCUACCAUGAUACCACAGUGACUGCUGACUUCUUCAGUGUUAACCAGCUGGAGGUUCAAAAAAACACAAUGCUUCCUGCAUUCUUCAUACCUUGUUUCUUUACUGCCAAAAUUAGAAAUGAAAAAAAUCUUAGCAACCAUUGCAAAUGAGUGUGAAUACAAUGUAAACCCUUUGAGAAAAUAUGCCGAACUAUAAUUCUGAUGUAGACACUGAGAUUUUGGUAGAAAUAACAAAGAGAUUACUUAUAUCUAAAAACUUAAUGAACAUUUCACCCUGAAUGGAAUUUUUCAGCUAGCAGCUCUUGAUCGGAAAAGAAACUGCUACACUUUUUAAUUUCAUCUUAUCCCAGUAUUACAUACAGCGUUAAAAGUGCAGUGGAUAGUAUUUAGCAGAACAGACUCGGUAGAAGGCAUCCAAACUCUUUGUCUAUGUGACUGGCUGUCUGAAGUGCACCAGUUGGAUUCCUGGAAUUGGUAUGGCUAAAUGUUUUUGGAGGGUAAGACUUAUUGUGCAUCACAGCAGCUUCUUGUCCUUAAAGGCCACCAUCGCUUCACCAACUUCUCGUUAAAUGUCCAAAUUUCUACGCACUGUACCUUUAACGUAUUUACUCAUCCCUUUGCGGUUGGUCCAACACUCUUGCGUUGUUAUUACUGACAGUGUGAUUUUUUUCCAGACUGCAAACAUCAUCUUAGUGAGCCGGACCUGAAGCUGGUGUGGCCCAGUGCUAAGCUGCUGCAGGCCGCCUGCAGCGCCUCCAACAGGGCGAGCCACAUCAUCACAGCUGCAGUCAUGCCUUCUCUGCUUGAGCAAUACGACAACAGAACCCAGGUGAAUAUGGAAACAUCCAAAUGUGCAUUUUGUUCAUAUAAUCAGUGUGUGGCAGCUCUGUGAGUGUCAUAUUGUAACCUCUGGGACAUCUUUCCGACUUUAGUAUCUUUGAGUUUAAAUCUGUGCGAAUAAAAACCUGUUGUCCUCAUGCAGUGCUCUCACAGACGGACGAUACUGGAGGUGGUGCAGCGGUUCGUCCAGUCUGUAAAAACCAGCCAGUCUGCUGAGAAAGGCAAGUGCUGUUUGAUUCUGUCUCUCUCGUGAUCUCUUUGUCCUUUGUUGAUGUAAUUAUAUUCAAAUUAAUGGGUAACAGAGCUCACCUGUGUGAUGUUAUUAACAGAUAAGCUGUUGCUGAGUCUUUUUAGGUGUCUUUGUGUGGGUAUACUUGGAUGGUUUGAUACAAAGGACUUUAUAUUAUGUGUAUGUGAGAUUUUCAUCCAUCUCUUUCUUUGUGUUUCCUUCUCCCACCCCAGAAGAGAGCGUGUUUGUAGCCUUCCGUCCAUCCCUGUGCACCAUGGUCUUUUCAGCCUUAAAUGAGAACAACUCCAGUCUGCAGAAAACAGCCACAUCUGUGCUCACCUCACUGGCACAACAACCAGGUGAGAUACAACCAACUCUUCCACUCAUGUUCUCAGCAGAGUCUCAGUAAUGUGUCUGAUACAUCAAAUCUGCUGUCACCUUCAGGUCUGCUGUUAGACUCGGACAUUGAACUGGCUGUGGAUCACCUGACCAAACUUCUGCUGGCAGAGGAGGACGAGGGAGUCAGGUUAGCCUCCAUCUGUUUUCCUCUUCUCCUAAAAACAAACAUUAGAUGUUUUUAGUUUGAGUGCAUGGCUGAAUGCUGAUUGCUGUGUUUCUGGCUCCAGUCUUGCUGUGGUGGAGUGUGCAGGAGCCCUGGCAGAGCUGUACCCAGAAGCCUUUAUCACAAAACUGAUCCCAAGACUAAAGAUGGAGAUGUUUUCUGGUGAGAGAAAAUCAUACACUGAAAAAUAGGUUAAGAAGAGAACGAGAAAAGAGCUUAAAAGGAUGGUAUUUUCAUUUCUUUGACUUUAAUCAUGGUUUUAUUUGACACUUGAAAACAAAAAUAUGCUGAAAUUUUAAAGAAAAAAAAAAGACUGACCUCAAGCAUUUGCCAGGAUUGAAAUAAGAUGAAAUAACUUAAUGAAGAGCAACAUUUUUCUCUUUCUAGAGUUAUGUUUUAUUUUUGCAUGAAUUUACCCCUUUUCUUCUCCCUCUCUAAGAUCCCAUAGAUCAAGACAACAACAGAGCAGUCUCUGAGCAUCAGUCCCAUCAUGCAGUGUGUAAGCGGUGUCUGUCUGCCCUAGCCGCUGUGUCCACCCAGGCCAGGAUUGUCCACGAAAGCACCCCUGUCCUCUUAGAGGUCCUCAGUUCAGCACACACAGGUAAUCUGUCCAAAGAGACGGUUUUCUAGCUUCAGGUUUGGACUCAUAUUUGAUUGGUCAAGUCAACGUCCUUUUGUUUUCAUGGUAUGUUGCAUGUUUUUUCACCAGUUUUGUUACUUGUUUUGUUUUAGUUGAAAUUCACAGGCCUUGUCUAAAAUACUAACUGACCAAGAUGAAAUAUAUUCCAGUAGAAAGUCAAGUCACCUCCACAUGGUUUUUUUGUUCCUUUUCCAGGUAGCGUUGGUUUCUCCGUGGACCAGGUAGUGUUAGCGUGUCGCAGCCUUCAGAGAAUAGCAGAGAAGGUUCAGGACACCGAGGAGACGGGACGAUGCUUCCAUGACCUCGUCAUCCCACGCCUGCUGUCGCUGUCGCUCCAGGCAGCUCUGCAGGGUGAGACGAUAUUUGUGUAUUUUAAUGUCAUGACUGCUUUUGAGGAGAACUUUCUGCAAAUACAAGAACAAAACUGAUCCAGCCUACCACUAAUAAACAGGUGACCAUAUGAUUCACUCAUUCACAGACUCCUUUUUUUGUUUACAUUUCAACUGUCCUGAUUUAUGAACAUUGAAAACGUGGAGUACCUCAAGGCUCACUCCUUGGUCCACUUCCAUUCCCCCUUUACAGUUAUGCUGAUGACACUCAGUAAUACCCCUCUGUGCAACCUACUGAAUACAGUAUAAAUAAACUGGUUACAGGUAAAAGCUACUUAACUGAUGUUAAAGACUUAAUGUCACAAUACUUGUCUGUGGCUCGGUUCAAAACUUGGGGGUUGAUCUGAUCCCAGUACAAAAAACAGUGACCAGUCUUUACAUAGACUUGCAACUGAAUAUGUAAGCGAACUUUUAAUGCCUAUUGCCCAAGAUGAGCUCUUACAUCAGCUGCACUGGCCUGAUGACUGAACCAGAGUCUCAGCUGCAGUCGAAGGAUGAUCAGACUUUUCCUGUGAGACAGUCUUUCAUCUUUAUGUUCAGUCAACAGAAACGGUUUCUGCUUUCAAAUCCUAAUUUUUACAGACUUUCCGUUUGGUUGGUGGUUAACUGUAUUAUAGUUCUGAUGUGCAUAUUUCAACACUGUUUCACUUUUUAUUGCCUUAUCAACACCUAUCAUACUUUUAUAUCUAUAUUUCCAUAUUUUAUUGAGAAUUAAUUGGAUUUUUUUUUUGUGUAAAAUUUCAUCUUGAAUUCUUUUGUGUUUUGUGUCUGUGAUUUGAGCUGCUGUAAUGAUGCAAUUUCCUGAAAAAAAAGACAAAAAAAUGAUAAAUUGAACUUAUUCUUUGUGCUUUUGUAGGUGAAGAGUCAUCUGGUCAUCGUAGUCCUCUUCUCGAGGAGUCAGUUUUGUCUGCCAUGGUACCUGUGAUCAGCACCUCCUGCUCCAGACUACAGCCAGCGUCAGUAUAAACUCUCUCUAAACCGUCCUUUAGCUGGCAUCUCUUUCAAGAGCGUUAUAGUAUCAAGUGCAAUGAUCAAGAUUGUAUAGAUCAAGAUUAAUAGAUGUGUAACAGAGUGCUGCUCUAAUGAAACAUCAUUACCUCAUGAAUCUUGUUUUCAUUGUUUAGUUAGCACUUACUCAAAAGCUGGAGCGUUUAAUAAACUGAUUUAAGUCGUAUAAUACUGACGUUAAAUAGCAAUUUUUAAAAAUUUUAAAUCCUUUGAAAAACCUUUUCCCCCCUCCUGUCAACCUCAAAAGAACCUAAACCUGCUGCUAGUUCCUGUUUGUCUCGUGCUUUUUCUGAUUUUGUCAGUUGCCCCGAUUUAGCUUUUGCAAAGCAGUGUCAGGUUUGUUCCCUCACGAGGUUUGUGUGGUUUCCUGCUCUGGUGUUUUCAGGUUGGCAGAACAGACGGCGUUGAAGGCUGUCUCUCUCUUUUUGAACGGUGAUGUUUCCUCUUUGCCAAACAACUCUUUCCCCUCGCACAUCCAGCUUCUCAAGGUAUCUAUGAGCACGAAUUUGUGUACAUGGAUGUUCAGAUAAAAUCUCUCAAAAUUGUAUUGAGAAGUGUAGAUAUUGAGAGAUGUAAUGUUUUCCUCAAAGCAGCAGGGGGACUCAUGGAGCCAGUCUCAGCUGGUCUGUCUGCUCAUGGGAUGUGUGUGUUCAUUACCGCGCAGCGUAAGUGUCAGCCGCAAAACCUGCUUCUACUUGAUCCUAAAUUCUUCAUUAUGGAGGCUUUCAUCAAAGUGUGGUUCAUGUCAUACAGGUGGAGGUGCCUCAGGUGGAGCAGCUGCUGUCAGAGCUGGAGGAGAUGAGCUGCACCUGCACCCACCCUCUGUCGUACACCUCUGCCGCAAAGUGCUUCGCAGGCCUGAUUAAUAAGAGGCCACAGGGUCAGUUUGUGUCUUUACACCGUCAUAUAUCAAACUUUUGACUCCGUUACUAAGAGCUCCGCUUUUCAACUUGUUUGGCGUCUUCUUCAGGUGAAGAUCUGGACCGCCUCAUUCAGAGAACGAUGAAGAGAGUGUACACUGAGCUGGACUCUGCAUCUUCAUCUGCAUGCACUCAGGCUUUCACCCUCUUGGUCUGGGUACGAGUUCAACCAUAUUUGGUGAUUGAUUAAUUCAGAACUUUCAAUCAAUAAAAAUCAACAAAGAAGCAGUAAAGUUGCUCUGAUCUGCAGGUUGCCAAGGCUCUGCUCCUCAGAUACCACCCUCUGUCUACAACUCUGACAGACAAGGUAACAAGACAGAAUCGUGGUGUGACUCCACUCAUGCUGCUACAGAGUCGUGUUUGUUUUAAUUCCCUCUGUUUGUGUUCUUGAAGCUCUUCUCUCUGCUCGAUAACGCCGACCUCGGUCCAAUGGCUGCAGAGAGCUUUUCACUGCUGAUGAGCGACACGACCGACCUCCUGAACCGGGGUUGUCAUGCUGAUGUUCGCAUCAUGUACCGCCAGCGCUUCUUCAGCGAGAAUUCGGCCAAGCUGGUUCAGGGUUUCAACGCCGCACCACAAGGUACACGUCUGCAAAGACGCUAAGUGAAGAGGUUAUUUAGAUAAACUUUGAAAAGUUUGAAUUUGAUGGUUUGUCACAGAUUUGGUCACUUCUUUUAAUCAAAAGUAGAUUCACUGGGGAGAAAUAUUUUGUGGUUAAAAACUCACAUUUUUCAAAGUUAAAGAAAACUCAAAUUGGAAAAGGUUUUCUGCACUGUGGUAUUAAAAAUGUAAAAGAAAAAAGAAGGACUGACAGACAGAAAUACAUCUUUUCUUUAUCUAUCCUACAUCCUGAUAGAAGAAGAAAGUGCACACUUUAUUUAAAAAGACAAACAUUGAAGUAUGACAGAGUGCUCUCGUCUAGUCUCAGCCAGUGUGAAACCUUCCAAAGAUGCUCGCCAGUAGAAACAAAUCUACACAGCUCUGUAGAAAGGCAUAAAAAUGAAGGCGUGGAGGUUUCUGACUUUUUCUUUGCUCUUCCCCUUUAAAAAGUUGUUGAGGUUUUUGUAAUAAUAAUGAUUUUUUUUCUGCCUCUACAGAGAAAAAGACCAACUACUUGAAGGCUCUGUCUAACAUAGUCAACAACCUGCCCAAGCAGGUCCAAAUCUCCGAGCUCCCCAGAGUGAGUAAAGCGUACACUCUCUCAGUCAUUGUGAGUUAAUUAACAUAAAUUAAACAAAGUCCGUUUAACUUUCACCUUUUUUGGGGUCCAGCUCUUGUCCCUGCUGUUGGAGGCUCUGUCGUGUCCUGACCAGGCCGUCCAGCUGUCCACUCUGUCCUGUCUGGAGCCCGUUCUCGCUGACCCUCUACCCGCUCUCAUCCAGCAGCUGGAGGCUUUGAUCAACAGGCUGAUCGCUCUCAACUCCAGUCCUGCCAUGGUUAGUGAGAGAGCUCACCUCACUCAGACUUAACUCUGGACUCAUACUUCUUUUAUUACGUGAUGACUGAAAGCAGUUUAAGGUCAAACUGUUGAUGGUUCCGGUUCUUGAAGCCAGAACAAAAUAAUCGCCCGAGUUGCUCAACAGUAAUAAAUUAUGGAGCAGGUUUUGAUGUGUGUGAACUCUUUGAGCAUAUUCAAAAGUUUAGUCAGAGUCAGCUGCACGUUUAACAGGCUGAAUAUGUUGAAUAGACAGAAAUCUGAUUGCUGUCAUGUUUGUGUCUCGCAGAGCGUAAGGAUUGCUUCUUUACGCUGCAUCCAUGCUGUGUCCCACUUCCCUGAACACGAGGUAAGUCAAGGUUAAAAAUGACGUUGACUUCUUUACCAGAACUUUUUAUCCAGACUCUCUGUGAUCUUCACUCCAACAGGGAUAGCGAAUCAGAGAAUUUUACUUCAUUUUUGUAACGCAUUUUUGACUUUUGUUCAAGGCCUUCAUAUUUUUUACUAUCUCGUGUGUUAACAACGGCAGUCUUGUCUUUUAUGAAUGACUUUUUAAACCAACUUGUUUCACCCAUUAGCAGUAUGGGUGUCAGCAAUGAAGUUACUCUUUGGCGCACUCUGCCCCUGAAGUCUUAAACCUUGGAUGAGUUCUAAGCUGUUAUUAUGUUGUGUCGAUUUAACUUUCAUAAAUUUUGCAUCUCUACUUUUUAAUGUUUUAGAUCUUGCCAUUUCGUGCCAGAGUGCUGCGAGCUCUGGCUCGACCUCUGGACGAUAAGAAGAGGCUGGUGAGGACGGAAGCUGUUCGGGCUCGAGGAGAGUGGUAAGACAGACGCUGCUGUGUUCACAUUCUCAGAUUAGUUUUAAAAUCUGAAUCGGUCACUACACAUUUAACCUUUACAUCAAGUUCAGUUUUAUACAAUUCAUCCUAGGGCUGGGUGGUAAACCAAAAACUUACCGACACCAAAAUUUACGACAAUAACCGACGUCAUUUUGCCCAUAUCCGUAUAUUCUGUGUCUAGAUAAAUAAAAGUUGGUUUUAGAUGUGUGUAGGUAGGCUAUGGUCUAGACGUGACUCCACCCCAUCCAGUCCAUAACAAGGAGGGUAAUACAGGUUGAAGAGAUGGAGGACGGUUCAAAAGUUGUUGCAGCUGGGGCGACAGCUGAAGUAGAUGAAGUUAAUGUGGGAGGGGGUGAGCAGCUUGUGGAGUAGUUAUUGUCCAUUUAUCGCUAUGGAAGUGAACUGCUCAAUAUAUCGUGAUAUUGAUUUGAGGCCAUAUCGCCCAGCCCUAAUUUAUCCACCUUCUAAUGCUUAAGCUGUGAGAUCAGCAUUCUGUGUAUAUCUGAAGUGGGUUUUUCUUAAACAGGUAUCUCAUUUCUUUUUUUAGGUUCCUCUUAGGAAGUCCUGGAGGAAGGUGAUUUUAUCCUGCAGCUCCCUCCGUCCUCCCUAAAGCUGGAAGAACACAGAUGUGGGAAGGUCAAGCUGAAGGAUCAAAGCUGUGCAGUUCCCCACAGCAGCUCUUGCUCUUCUGUCAUUUCUGAUGUUCCUUCAGCAUCUCUUCAUCUUUCUACUCACAUCUUCCCCCUUUUCACUGGAUUAUUGUCUUUGUAACUGAUCUUCUUAACGCACAAACCAAUAAGAAUAUACAGAGUGACUGUGGAGCAGUAACUGAGUAAAAAGAACGAAAACGACCAGAUUGUUCAAUAUGUAACAUGCCUUAUUUAUAACAGGAUCUCUCUUGGAGGAGUUAGGUUGCAUGGAGGCUUUUUGCUUAUUUGUAGUUUUAAAAAUGUGGUUUUUGGUGCAGUCUCAACCACAAAACUAUGCCAACCAAACAAGUCUGCAAAAGGUUUGCUUCACUGUCAUAAAAAAGCCCUCCAACCAUCUCCCCCUCAAAAAUGAGAGAAAAGUUACACUAAAUUACAGAGAUUAUGAUGGAGGACAGCGUUGGUAAUAGUAAGGUUUAUGGAAAAAAACUUGAGAUUUAGGAUUAAAAUCAGCUGCUUUUCUUUCAUUAAAUCGAUGACAAAAAAAUCCAUUCCAAUCUUUUACAGAUCCGCCAGUCAAGGUGAAAAAUUUAAAGAUUUCAAUAUCGUCCGUUAAAUAUGUCAGUUUAUAUAUGAAGAGAGAACAAUUUCUACACGUUACUUAUGGGCUAAAGAUGAUGAGUGAUAGCCUGAGCUGAGGUGUCAACAUUUCCUUGCUUGUUUUUUUUUUUUUUGUCUUAAAACUAUGUUGAUUUUUUUUGCUGGUGGACAUAAUCAGAGACCUCAAAUCCAGCUCCAACCAACAUGUGGACUCUACAGCCAAACGAUAGCAGCACUGAACCUAGCAGGCCCUGACAGCCUCUUCUUAUUUCCUCUGUGUGAAUGUGUAACCGAGCAUUAAUGUCUUAAUCAAAUCAGGAUGUUUGAUUCAUGUCACUCUGGUGUGCCAGCGGGGUGGAGUCAUCGAGACAUUGGGAUAUUUGAGUCAAGCACUUCUUCAGUAUUCCUCUCUUAUAUACUAUACUGACAGUUUUUUAAAGAUUUCUUUUACGUAAUUCAGUUUCUCUGUUGAGAAUAAAUGUUGAAUGAAGAUUAUAAAUUAUGUGAAGUACGUGUCAAUCAUCUUUCUUUGACUCUCAAUGUUCGAACAAAUCUUCAUGCUUUAUCAUUGAGAUUGUCAUUUCAGUGGAGUGACUGUCAGCAUAUGCCAAGGAAAGAGACAGUAUUUAAAACGUCUAACUUAAAAUGUCAUUAAAAAUGUUAUUUGUAAGGAAACAAAAA